AGGCCAAGGAUGGUGAGAACAGUCAAAGUCAACCCACAGACCAGCUCCAAAGACCUCCAACAUGAUCUUGGUGCAGAUGCUGUCACUGUGUAUCCUUCAACUAUUCAGCUGUUCUAAGAGUCAUGGGGAAGAAGCCUUUUCUCCACACAUGCCACAAACGGAGUCGCUUGAGGUAUACUCAAGCACAUUUGGACAAGUCAGCUUCAUUUUGGAAUAAGGUGCUGUGGACUGAUGUCAAAUGGAGUUAUUUGGACAUAAGGGGCGGUAUGCAUGGAAGAUGAUAAACACAGCAUUCCAAGACAAACACUUGCUACCCACAGUAACAUUUGGUGGUGGUUCCAUCAUGCUGGGUGGCUGUGUGGCCAGUGCAUGUACUGGAGAUCUUCUUCAAGUUGAAGGUGGCAUAGAUUCCACUCAGUAUCAGCAGAUUUUCAAGAAUCAGUGACAAAGUUGAAGUUGGCCGGAUACUUCCAACCAGACAAUGACCCUAAACACUGCUCCAAUUCUACUAAGGCAUUCAUGCAGAAGAACAAGUACAACGUUGUGGAAUGGCCAUCUCAGACCCCAGACCUAAAUAUUCUUGAAAAUCUGUGGUGUGAUUUAAAACGGGCUGUCCAUGCUGGGAAACCAUCAAACCUGACUCAACUGGAGAUGUUUUGGAAAUGGGAAUGAUGGAAAAUAUCUUCAACCAGAAUCCAGACCCUAAUUUGAAGCUAUAAGAAGCAUUUAUUUCUGCAAAAGGAGGAUUUACUCAAUACUGAUGUCAUUUUUCCGUUGGGGUGCCCAAAUUUAGGCACCUUCCUACUUUUGUUGCAAUAAUUAUUGCACACUUUGUGUAAAUCCGCUAAACUUCAUUUGACGUGGCAUCUAUCACUGUGAACAAUGUAUAUCCUGCCAGCAGGCUUGAUCUUAACUCGGUGUUCACACACCGAUUGGAGAGCAGCUAAUGGGAUGACAAGUGGCAGUUAAUCCCCGGGCCGAACAGCCCACCCACACGCACGAUUCAUGAGCACUGUAUCAACGCCACACUUUGUCAUGUUGUUUACACGGACAAACACUCGCUGGAGAGGAGACGUUUUCUCCGUCCGGAAGGAAUGUGAGGCGGAAGACGCCAUUUAGGAGCCAGGAGGAAUCUUAACAAAGGGUUUAACUUCAAGGUUGUUGCCAUGGCAACGAGGCCUGUGAGACCCGCCUCUGAGAUCUACCAAUCCGUGUGCUGUCCAGUCAGCCCGUCCGUGUCCUACUCCAGCUUGUCCGACCAGACGCCCAUCUUCUCCAUCUCCAAAAGCUCCAUGGAUGUUGUCAUGGCGACGGGCCCACAACACAAGCGCGACCCGACCUGGACCGGCAUGGCCUUGCGGCGCAGCUCGAGCGCCAGCGUACCCGCCGAGCAGAACUCCCUGCCACUCAUGUGGCAGCAUGACAACCCGCCUGCCCUCAGCGAUCGCUGGAUGGCCAACAUGCGGCGCUGGAGCCGGUGCAGUGGCGGCACACAGAGCGGCGGCAGCACUCCUGACACGGUGGUGUGGGGUGGUGUUGAGACAUCGCGCCCAUGCAGCCUCACGCAAGACAUGGCGUGCUGUGCGGUGCCGCACUCGCCGAUGUCCAAAGCGGUCUCUCCUACCACCAUCACCUCCUCACCUUUCAUCUCCCCACUGAUAACGCCCACACUACCAUCUGUGGAUCUUUGCUCUUCAUCAACGCCACUCGGCGCACCCCUACAAGACGACUACCCAGCUUGUCCUGUGGCGUCACCCAGACUCGUUGACACCACUCCGUCAACCGACAUUCCAUCAGACCCUUUUUUCCAAAUAACAAGCACAGAAGACGACACCUUCCAGGACACCCACAUGCUUUAUUUCCAGUAUCCCUCUCCGAUAGCAACAUCUGUGGGCUCAGAAGAAGGUGCAUCAUCAACCCCGGCAUCCAUCUAUGAGACGUCCCAACCCCAAUUAGAGACGGCGUGGCUGAGUUCAGCAGCAGAAGAUCCAGGUGUAGGAAAGUCUGUCCUCCAGUUACCAUGGCAACAAGAGCAAAGGGCAGGGCGAGAUUUGAGGUCAGUGAUGGUCUCCUCCAUGAGUGACUCAAUGCUUCGUGAAGGUUGUAGGUGCUGCAGAGGUGGUAUCAAAAAGGAGCAGGGAACCAUGACUUCUGGGAUGGAGGUGGUGGACAUGGCCGUGCAAACCCUCUCCCCUGCAGGCUCCUGGUGGGACCUCUGCAGAAACACCUCCCACACGGGUUCCCACUCCCUCCUGGGCUCACCACCUGGAUCCAGACUGAACCUGAAAGCCUCGGAGGGCUCCAACUCCAACUUGGUGUCACCUUCUUCCAGCAUGUUCCCCUCCAGCAACAGUGAUGAGGAGGCAGGGAGGAAGGAAGGAGACAAAACCAGGUGGGAGGUCACCUCUGCUUCCUCUCAUGAUCUGGAGCGCAGGAGGUCCUGUCUGAAGGUCCAGGCCGAGGACGAGCUUGGCGGGAGGAGGAGCAGCAUGAAACAAGUGCAGUGGGACGAGGAUGGAAUGACGUGGGACGUCCACGGAGCAUCUGUGGACCCGGAUGUGUUGAGCGCAGCCAUACGGAAACAUCUAGAGGUUCACGACAGCCCCCAUCCUGCCAAAUCCCCUUCAACAAAGAAGAAAGCGCCGAAUCCUCCUCUUCUUCCCACUGAGGCAACUCCACCGGACAGAGAGGAAGUGAAGGAGGACGGAGGAAGGCAGGAGGAGGCGGGCAAAACAGAGGGACAAGAUGAGAGCAUCCCAAUUUCCCCCCCACGUGGGAGCGGACUCAUCCGGAAGAGAAGUGUGAUGAAGUCGCUGAGACCAGGAUGGUGUGGGGGGUCCAGAAAGGAGGACUAAACCAAAACUUCUCCCUUGACGUGGAGCUAAUCACUCAAAAUAAAAAUGGUCAAAUAAUAAUAAUCCAAUAAAAAGUAACUGGGUACUUUGUGCAAAGUAGAAUUAGAAGCUGUAGACUGGGUGAG